UUGGCCCAUUUCUGAUAAAGCUACUUACAUUUAUAAGAUUGCUAAAGAAAGCUCUUCAUCUCACAAGUAUACCCAUGAUAAUGAGGAUACUUUAACCGAGCCAACUAUUCAAGAAGAUAAUAGUGCACAGCAGCUAUUCAUAUCUCACUCUUAUCAAGAACCUAUUCUUAAAUAG